AUGGGGGCGCACCGAACCAUCCUCAUCACCGGAUGCAGCUCCGGCAUAGGCCUGGAUGCCGCGCAGGCUCUCAAGGAGGACGGGUGGAGGGUGUUUGCGUCGUGUCGCAAGGAGGAGGACUGCCAGAGGAUGAAGUCCGAAGGCUACGAGAGCCCACUGAUCGACUACACGAAGCCCGAAACCAUAGAACGCGGGUUGAAGGAGGUCUUGGACGCCACCGGGGGGACCCUUGACGCGCUUUUCAACAACGGCGCGUACGGUGUGGGAGGUGCGGCCGAGGAUGUGCCCGUCGGGCUCCUCAGGGAGAUCUUCGAGUGCAACUUCUUCGGUUGGCACGACCUCACGUGCAGGGUGAUCAAAGUCUUCAGGAACCAGGGCAACCAUGGCCGGAUCAUCCAGUGCUCCAGCAUCCUUGGUAACGUCGUGUUCCCGAUGCGGAUGGCGUAUUCAUGCACCAAGUUCGCGCUCGAGGCGCACUGCGACGCCCUGCGACUCGAGCUCAAGGAUCAGCCGGGCAUCAAGAUAGUAAGCCUCAACGUCGGCCCGAUAAGAACGAUGAUAAGGGAAAAGUCAGUGCCCCACUUCGACAAGUGGAUGAAACCACUCGUGGAGCAGUCCGUGUUCAGGAGCUUCUACGAGAAGAAGUUCAUGCCACGGCUGUACGGCCCGUACAAGAAGGACCCGUUCGAGUUGGAGCCGGAGGCGGUGACGAAGACGUUGAAGCACGCGCUGACUUGCGAGCGUCCCAAGCCUCGGUACGCGGUCACGGUGCCGUCGCACUUGUUCAUGUUCCUCAAGCGCGUGCUGCCAGGCUGGGUGCUGGACUGGAUCUGCCUGUGGGGGAUCGGGCUGUGGAGGCCGGGCAAGGGGUUCGGCUUGCACCCUUAG